UCCUCCUCUUUCACCACCUCCAAACUCAACAGUACCACCUAUAUAAUCCAAGAACACGACGCCUACUCCGAGAACCCCUUCAUCUACGUCAAACUCCAUCCCAAGCUCCCCAUCAUCAUCCUCUCAGACACUGGCUGUGACGAGCCCUCUUCCCAGCACAAGCACGCUCAGUACACGCAUCUGCGAGACUACAUCGAGAACUUCCCCCUCCCAAGCAACAACCAUCAACCUCUCAAUCCCGGCUCGAAAUUGAAAUACUGCAUCAUCUGUACCCAUUGUCACUACGAUCACAUCGGCGGCAUCAGCCAAUUUCUCGCCGGAGGCACCACCCAGAUCAUCGCUUCAGCAGCAGGGAGAGAUUUCAUCGAGGAUGACGAGGAUGGCAAGCACAGUCUGUUCAAGUUCCUCUCACCCGCCAAACCUGCUCCGUUUUACUAUGUGACGAAAUGGGCGCAAGCCUUCGAGAAGCUGUACUUUGAAAUCCGAGAUCGCGAGAGAGAUAUCGUGUUGAGGUUUGAUGUGGGUGUCACGUUUGUACAGCAACCGGGACAUACGCCGGAUUCACUGGCGUGGUAUGAUCGGGAGGAGAUGUGGUUGUAUGUGGGAGAUAGUUUGUAUGCAGCGGGCGCCGAAGGCACAGGGGGAGCGAGUAUCGUAUUUCCGCCCGAUGGGAAUCUGAUUGAGUGGGUGGUCAGUCUGCGAAAGUUGCUCGUGCUGGUUCGGUCGGAGAAUGCCAAAGCUGAUAAGCGAGAGAAGAGUGUCGAGGAGGGAUGGGAAGUGAUCUCUCGUAGAGUCAAAUUGGCUGCGGGUCAUGUCACUUCUGCGGCGGAUGCAGAGGAGAUGAUCCAGAAGACGGAUCAGUUCUUCUAUCAGAUCUUGCAAAAGAAAAUUCCCGUCGUCAGGAAAGGUUAUCAUUGGAAUGAUGCGUAUUAUACGUGGAGCAAAGAAGGCUGGGACUUGUCCAUGCGAGCCCCGCCCAGACUGAUGGAUCAGGCGAGGGACUUUUUC